UCCCACGCCAAGGUUCCAAAGCCCGAUCUCUAUUAUGGAGACCGACACAAGACCCAGAACUUCCUGACCCAGUUGGACGAUUACCUCUACUUCUCGCGCGGACAGUUCACCGAUGACGAGGAAAAGGUCCUGUACGCUAGCACUUACCUACGCGGCGCAGCCGAAAAAUGGUUCCGCCCAAUGAAACGGGAACGCUAGGAGAAACAGCAAUGGGAAUGGACCGAUCGAACUUAGGAGGUCUUUAAUGACUAUCGAACUUUCGUUAAAUACCUCAAGGAGGCUUUCGCGGACAUCGAUAAAACCCGCAAAGCUAUAAGAACGCUUCAAACCCUGAAGCAGAAGAAGUCGGUAUUGGAAUACACUACGGACUUCCAGAACGCAGCAUACGUGGCUGGACACCACACCGACUACACGCUCAGAACGUUCUAUGCCCAAGGACUAAAGGACGAAAUUCAGGAAGUAAUGACCUACUAUGAGGAGUCCGAAAAUCUUGCUGAAAUAAUCCAACUUGCCACUAUGUUGGAUCGACGCCGCUUACAACGUGGCUGGGAUAAACAAGCCAAUACAUCCCGAUCCCUAAGACCGAGGCACACCCAAGAAGGAGGUGACGCCAUGGAAUUGGACAGCUUAUCCCGGGACAACAAGGACAAGAGCAAGAAAGGAAAAGGCAACCGAAAAGCUAACAACAAGUGGACCGACCAACAGAAGGAACGAUUUAAUAAAAACCUCUAUAUCCACUGUGGUGACAAAUAGGAACCCGGACACAACUACCCGCAGAAUCCGCGAAACAAGAAUAAGGAGAAAGAAGCCGCUGCCACUAAUCGAACUACGUCAGUAGCAGCCCGGAAAGAGCCUAAGCACGGAACGCUCAGUUGGACUGCAUGCUAUAACGAUAACUAUCGAAUCCACUAAAGUGAGAAAUUGGUAACAGGAUGGUUUCCACACAAGCCAAAGAAAUAAAACGC